AUCAAAAGCAGCAGCGCUACACCUACAGCGCCAAAAUUCAAAAUACGUUUCUUUGACAACAGCGACUUUCUGUCAUGUGUUGAUUUGAUUUAUUUAACACAUAAUAUGAUUCCGCUGACCGCACAACAAGAGGGAAUCCAGCCAGGAGACACAGCAAUCACACUGUAUUUGUCUUGUCCGAAUAUCUGCCAGCAUCCAUCUCACUGACCAUGAGGCGAAGCCCGAGGCGACCCCUGAUCCUCAAAAGAAGAAAGCUACCCUUUCAGCAACAUGACCCACCACCAAGAAGCCCCAAAGAGUCUGCUACGUCACCCCCAUCUAGUAGGUCCUUUCCUGACGGCAUCCGCAUCCUGGAUCAUCCUUCCCUGCCCAACACGCAAGUGGUGGUCAUACCCAAAACGGCCGACCUGCAGAGCGUCAUCGAGGCUCUCACUGUGAAGGGCAAAGAGUGUGGUGCCCAGGGCCGCAACAAGUUCAUUCUUCUCGGGGAGAGUGGCAGCCUGGACAGCAGUUCUCUUUACCAGGCUAAGACAGAAGACGUCUUUACGGGGAUCCCGGUUGGACAGCAACAGAGCGGACCCAGCGGCUUCACUGGAAUAAAGCAAUAUAAAAAUGAAGAGAACGACGUCGCUUUUGACAGCGCUGUGUGCAUGCAGCAGCAGGAAAGCAGUGGUGCCUUUCAAGCAGGACAUGAUGCUCCUGAUGCCAGCAAAGAAAAACAAACAGCUCUUCAGGUGCCCGAAUGUGAGAAGCCGCCCUUUUCCUACAUGACCAUGAUCCAGUUUGCCAUAAACAGCCACAAGGACGGACACAUGACGCUGAAAGAGAUCUACAAGUGGCUCCAGGAUCAUUUCCCCUUCUUCAGAGACGAGACCAAGAACGGAUGGAAGAAUUCCGUGCGUCAUAACCUUUCCCUUCACAACAUGUUUCUACGCAAGCCGUCCCCGUAUCGCAGCGUUUCCUUUUGGACCAUUCGGCCCGAAGCCAACCGAGGUCUGACCCUGGAUCAGGUCUACAAGCCCGGCUGUGAUCCGGUGCCCGCCCCUUAUGCCGCGCCCAUGCUUCCGUUUUGUUACCAGCAAAUGCCAACAGUUGCUGAUGCCAGGGAAGACCAGAGCAGCUUGGGUAAGUUAAGUCACACAGACGGGGGACCCGUACACCAUACAGAGAGGCGGACGAAGCCUCUUCCCCCACGAGCGCCUUCCUGCCUGGUUCCCAUGCAGCUCCCUGUCAGCACCUCCUCCCUGGCAGCCCACACGCCCCCCUCUCAUAGCUCACCUGCAGCCAAGAGGCCAAGAAAAGCUCCUCAGCAGGUGGCGCAAAGCAAACAUUGCCACGCUCCAUCGAGCAGCGUGUCGGCAGCGGAGGUGAAAGCGAAGGCACCGGACGUUCCCGCCAAACGCAAGAGUCCCAGAGCUCCGGCAAAGAGACAAGCAAAGGGGUCCCGACGCAAGCAGCGUCUGGUCCACUCUCUGCACGACGAGCCCGUGCUCGUGUACUCGGAACGCUCGGGCUUCGACUCUGGCAUCGCCACCUCGCCCACCUUCCUGGACUCGCAUGGCAGUCCCGACCGGCUCUUCUCCGACCGGACCCCCGUAAAAACCAGCAGCAGCCGCCUCACCUCAUCCACGCCCAGCAAACCCCGCUCGGGCGUCCUGCCCGAGCCCUGGAAGGUCACCCCCUCUGGGAAGGAAGGCCGCAGCGUUCUCGACUUCAGCCCCAUCCGCACGCCGAGCGGCCCCGCAUCCACGCCCCUGCACGACUACACCACCUUCAGUCUGAGCGGCACCCCCCUCAAGGACUGGCCCGUCUUUUGCUCCCCCGCCGCCUCGCCCUCCAACCACUCGCUGACCGAGGCUCUGAUCCUGGACACCAUGAACGACAGCCUGAGUAAGAUCCUGGUGGACUUCAGCUUCACCCUGGAGGACGAGGACCUGGCGCUGGCCGACGUCAGCCUGUCGGAGAUCAUCCCUCAGCUCAAGUAGCUCCGUUCACGUUCUUUUAUUGUCGGGGAAGACCUGACACUUUAGAGAAGCUAAUAUGUGUCUUUUAUAUAUUGACUUGCACUUUCUGUUAUUUAAUUUUGCCUCGGAGAAAGCCAGCGAGAUGCCUCCUGGAUGGAAGGUUACAAUGCGGUUCGGGUUGUUUAGAAAUGAGAUCUUUUCAAAGAAAACGGACACAAAGUCACGACUACAUCCUGCAGUAUCUACACAUUAGCAAGAAGAUUGUAUUGGUGCAAUCCUCGCGAGCACAAAAUAAUCCUGCCACUGUUUCUUCUAGAAUAAAUGUGUGGACGUGUGUGCCUCUGAAACGCUACGUGGAGUAUAUGAUGUCGU